AUGUCAACUCCCCCAACACACGUUCCUUCACCAAAACCUCCAAAGAGAAAAUAUUCGUCGCCAUCACCAUCACCUUCGAAACGCAUACUGGCAAAUUCAUCCUCACUUCCCUCUAGCUCAAUACGCUUGCCCCCACGAACUAAUAAUCACAACCAAACAUCAUCGUUAUCGAUGACCACAAGUUCGAACGCAUUACCGCCGAGCAAGCGGAUAAAAUCAGAUGACUCGGGAAGAGAAGAUAACGGGGUUAAGAUUGAAGAUAGAGAGAGUGAUAGACGAUUGGGAAUAGCACGAAUUGGGACUGGACCUGGAAAGAAGAAAAAUGCGGGAAAGGUUGGAGGGGAAGGGAAUGUAGCAGAAAAAGGUGAAAAGUCAAAACUCUCCUUGUCAUCUCCACUUGCUUCUUCUUCCCCGCAAGGACAACAGCCUAAUGACCUGGAAAUAGAUCCGAAACGGAGUUUAAGUUCAAACUUUGAGGAUGAACAGGACGAAAAAGUUGAAAGUGAAGCUAGUGGUGAUGAGGAAGUGAAAAAGAUUGGAAACGGCAAAGUGCAUAAUGGGGUCAAUAACCGGACAAUGGGAGGGACGAGCAGCACUGACGAUCACAGCGAUUGUCCUUCGACUCCAGUGAAACCCACACAACGUCAAAACUCAAAAAGAUCACUCAAAACAUCGACUUCUACAAAAAAUUCAUCAAACGUUUCACGAUUAUCAUUAAAAGCGUCUCAUUCCUUACCAAAAAAUUCGACCUCUCGAGCGUCGGUGUCUCAGUCAUCUCCGGCUGCAUCACCUGUUCGAGAACGUACGGCUGUAACGGAAGAACGGGAAGGUAUAAUUAAAAUGCGCAUGGUUCGGAAUGACGAUUCUGAAGAGAGUUUGGUUCUGUUGACAGGGUUAAAAUGUGUGUUUCAAAAUCAACUGCCAAAGAUGCCGAAAGAGUAUAUUACGCGAUUGGUUUAUGAUCACGACCAUCAAAGUCUAGCACUAAUAAAACCUCACCCGGAUGUAUAUAAAAUAAAAAUAGUCGGCGGUGUUACGUUUCGUCAGUUUCCUUCACAGAAGUUUGCCGAGAUUGUUUUCUGUGCGGUUAAUUCCAUGGAACAGGUCAAGGGAUAUGGCAGCCAUUUGAUGAAUCAUCUCAAAGAUUGGACCAUAAAAAGUACUCCCGUCGAAUAUUUCCUGACGUAUGCUGACAACUAUGCAGUUGGGUUUUUUAAGAAGAAUGGAUUUACUACAGAAAUAUCGUUUCCAGAAAGCAUGUGGAGGGGGUACAUCAAAGAUUAUGAUGGAGCAAACAUAAUGCAGUGCCAAUUAAUAAAGAAAGUUGAAUAUCUCAAGACCGAUGAAAUAUUAUCGAAACAGAAAGAAGCAAUAAGAGCACGCGUAUUCUCCAAAUUGGAUGAUGAUCUGAGGAUAUAUAAAGGAUUGUCUUUUGGUAAAAAUGGAAAGAAAAUUGAUCCGAUGGAAAUUCCCGGGCUGAAGGAAUCAGGUUGGACACCCGAGAUGGAUAAGAA